AUGCGUGAUCUGGGUAGUGAUGGGUACAUUGGAUCUAUUGACCAUGGACCUGUUGCUGAUCAUUGUCUAUUGACCUCUGUUGAUAAGGGUCCCUUUCAAUCCAAGGAGGAUUUUAAUACCGCCCUUCUGGAGAUUUAUCAGAGAGCAGCGCCAAAACAUCAUACUGGAAGUUGUCCGAGCGGAAUGCUUCCUACAUCCCACAGUAUUGUUUUCGCACAUGGUGAUCUCCGGCCUCAGAAUAUCAUGGUUAAAAAUGGUUAUGUGGUGGCGAUUAUUGACUGGGAGCUUAGUGGCUGGUAUCCUGAAUACUGGGAAUUUGCCAAAACUCUUCUCAUUUGGGGUUGUCAGAAUGAUUGGACGGAGUAUGUGGUCCGGAUUCUUCAGCCGUAUCAUGCGCAAUAUUUCAUGCAUCAGUUCUUGAUGGAGAAGUUGUUGAUUUAG